ACUCCAAAAAUUCAAUCUCAUUGCUCCAACCCAGUCCAACUUAAAAUAAUAAAAAAAUCCCCAAACUACCCUUCCCUACUCCAUUAUUGUCCAAAUAAACAAAACUCGCACUACUUUAGUUUUUUUAAAACAGAGCCAGUUGUUGGUCUCCCACCUCCAAUGGCUUCCAUGGCUACGCUCUUCACCAAAACCCCGUAUCCUCCUCUCUCCCACCACAAAAUACCGAAUACCCAUUUCGCCCCUACCCUCAAGGUCUCUGUAUCUCUUUCCUCUGGCAGAAAAGCCCACCGGAGGCUCCGGGUUUCGUCCGGGUUGAUCGAACCGGACGGUGGGAAGCUCGUGGAGCUUCUGGUGGAUGAGCCUCUGAGAGAUGUGAAGAAGAGGGAGGCCUUGUCUCUGCCUAGAGUCGGGCUCUCCAGGAUUGAUCUCCAAUGGGUCCACGUGCUGAGCGAAGGCUGGGCUAGCCCGCUCCGUGGAUUCAUGAGAGAGAAUGAGUUCCUCCAAACGCUUCAUUUUAACGCGCUCCGGCUCGAGGACGAGUCGGUCGUGAACAUGUCCGUGCCGAUUGUUUUGGCAAUCGACGACUCGCAGAAGCACCGGAUCGGCGGGUCCACAAAGGUCGCUCUUUUCGACUCGGACAACAACCCGGUCGCUAUUCUCAAAAAUAUUGAGAUCUACAAGCACCCUAAAGAAGAACGAAUUGCGAGAACUUGGGGAACUACUGCCCCUCGCCUACCUUACGUUGAUGAAGCUAUAACCCAUGCUGGGAACUGGCUGAUCGGAGGUGACUUAGAGGUUAUAGAACCAAUCAAGUACCGUGACGGCCUUGAUCGUUUCCGAUUGUCUCCUGCAGAACUCCGUGAGGAGUUCACAAAGCGGAAUGCAGAUGCAGUGUUUGCUUUCCAGCUUCGAAAUCCUGUGCACAAUGGCCAUGCUUUGCUGAUGACUGAUACCCGUCGUCGACUUCUUGAGAUGGGCUACAAGAACCCUAUCCUCUUGCUUCAUCCAUUGGGAGGCUAUACAAAAGCAGAUGAUGUUCCACUUAAUUGGCGAAUGAAGCAGCAUGAGAAGGUGCUUGAGGAUGGUGUCCUUGAUCCAGAGACGACUGUGGUUUCUAUAUUCCCGUCUCCUAUGCAUUAUGCUGGCCCAACUGAGGUUCAGUGGCAUGCAAAGGCUAGGAUUAAUGCAGGGGCUAACUUUUACAUUGUUGGUCGGGACCCAGCUGGCAUGAGCCAUCCUGUUGAGAAAAGAGAUCUAUAUGAUGCUGACCAUGGUAAACAAGUACUGAGCAUGGCGCCUGGAUUGGAACGGCUAAACAUUCUCCCUUUCAAGGUUGCUGCGUAUGAUAAAACUCAGGGUAAAAUGGCAUUUUUUGACCCCUCGAGACCUCAGGAUUUCCUUUUCAUAUCGGGUACCAAGAUGCGGAUGCUUGCAAAGAACAAAGAGGACCCUCCUGAUGGAUUCAUGUGCCGCGGCGGUUGGGAAGUGCUGGUUGAAUACUACGACAGUUUGGUUACCACAAGCGGCAAAGUCCCCGAAGCUGUUCCAGCUUAGAUGGAUUUGUUGUAUCAAAAUGUAUGGCUUUCUGAUUGGGAGAAACAGUAAAAACCUAUUUACUCUCCUUUGUGUGCUACUGACAACCGUCGAAACUCUGUUCAGAUCUCUAAUAAAACCCAUGUGAGGCACUGAUACAGAGACACGAAACUUGCCUCCAUCUGUAAUUACAGCUCCCGUCUUUGCAUGUUGCACUGCUGCAUUUGUGCAUGCGGGCGCGUUGUAUUAUAUAUUGAUUGUGCUUUGAAACAA